UGAUGCAGGUGAUAGAGUUACUCCAGCUGUUGUUGCUUACUCAGAAAACGAAGAGGUGGUGGGAUUGGCAGCAAAACAAAGUAGAAUAAGAAAUAUUUCAAAUACAGUAAUGAAAGUAAAGCAGAUCCUUGGCAGAAGCCAGAAAUGCGGUCCUUGGACCUGGCAUCUCAACAAUUAGCCCUGAGAGGGAAGAAUCGGCUGGCUCCUGGAAAUGUACUGAGAGUACACAGAGCUUCCCCACACCUUCAAAUUUGCACCUUGCUGCCAGGAGCUUGCUUCAGUAGCCUUCCUUCCUUCCUUCCCAACCCACUAUGGCCACUUCUAAUAGCAGUGCGGGCAUCCGGUGGUCCAGACAGGAGACACGAACUCUUCUCUCCAUACUAGGCGAGGCAGAGUAUAUUCAACGCCUCCAGACUGUGCAUCAUAAUGCAGAUGUCUAUCAGGCUGUGUCUAAGCGAAUGCAGCAGGAAGGCUUCCGCCGCACCGAACGUCAGUGCCGCUCCAAGUUUAAAGUUCUGAAGGCAUUAUAUUUAAAGGCCUAUGUUGCACAUGCCACAAGUAUGGGUGAUCCACCUCACUGUCCAUUUUAUGAUACAUUGGAUCAGCUUCUCCGAAAUCAGAUAGUGACUGACCCAGACAACUUAAUGGAGGCUGCUGCUUGGGCCAAGCACUGUGAUCAGAACUUAGUUGCCUCUAACAUCCCAGGGGAAGAGGGAACCAGCAUUCUGAAAGCAAAAAGGAAUCAGACAGCUGAUCGUCAGACUAUCUUGAAAACAGUUAAGGAAUCAGAUGAGGAUUGUCAGCUGAGAAUCAGUGACCGGAUGCAAGAAUCCAGUGACCUCGAGGACUCCUGGGCUGAAUCCUCGGGUGCAGGGUGCUCUCAAGGGACCCCCAGCUACAGCAGCUCCCACAACCUUUUCAGAGGUGCAGCUGCUCUCUGUCAGAGCAGCCCUAUGACCAGACGGGGUAUGUCGGGUGAACCCAGUCCCUGCACCAGCACCAGCCGAAACACUCCUUGUGUAGCCUCCACACCGCGGCCUCCGGUCUCCUCUUCCAGAGUUGGUUUUGUCUCUAGCGAGGAUAGGCCUUUGACCAGUGAGCCCCCUCCAAAGUGGGCAAGGCGAAGAAGGCGGUCAGUGGCCAGAACUAUUGCAGCUGAGUUGGCAGAAAACAGGAGAUUGGCACGAGAACUUUCAAAGCGUGAGGAAGAAAAACUGGACAGGUUGAUUGCUAUUGGUGAGGAGGCCAGUGCCCAGCAAGACGCUGCCAAUGAGCUGCGCAGGGAUGCUGUCAUCGCAGUCAGACGCCUGGCGACAGCAGUGGAAGAGGCAACUGGUGCUUUUCAGCUAGGGCUCGAAAAAUUGCUUCAAAGGUUGAUUUCAAAUACCAAAAGCUAGGAACUGGUUUCAAAAGGAUAUAUUUCCUAAACGGUAGAAAUCUACUUCCAAUACCUGUCUUCUAGUACUCUGACAUCUUUUCUAUAUCAGAAAAAAAAAGAGUAGACGAACCAUUAAUAUAGUAGUAGGGAGUCAACUUGUAAAUUCCUUUUCCUGGGAUUCUCCACUAAUUGAAAGACCUUUCAGAAGUGUGAGGGGUGGCCUAGUAGAAAACAGAUGGAGCCAAGUUCAAGUGAGCUAACUUGUCCUGGCUUUGUCACAGAUAUGAGGCAAUUUACUUUACCUCUCUGCAACAGUUUCCCCAUCUGUAAAAUGGUGGAUAGAUAAUAACUCCUGCCCUGCCUACCUCACAGGGUUGUUGUGAGGAUCAGAUGGCUAAUAGAUGUGAAAGGUUUAAACGUUUAAAAGCACUAUACACAUGUAAGUUAUUACACAUAUAAACUUGGCUUUGGCAAGGCCAGGGUGAGCACAUUAGUUUACAAUAUGGCCAUGUACCAUGACCUCAUUGCUUGAAUCUUGACUUGUUUAAUUUGCUUCAUGGAGUAUGAGAUCUUAAUUAUUAAAUCCCUCUGUGGCUCAUUAGACUCGCAUAGGCACAACAUGUAUUUGUCUUCUAUAAUUUAACUGCCGUGUCUCUGACAUAUCUACUAGUAGGUGCCCUAUUUUAGUAGUCAAACCAGCUUUCCCUCCUUCAUUUUACUAGUUCUUAGUCUUCUUUCAAGACAAGGAUAUAAUUAAGAACUGACUAGGUACCAAAAUAGUGCAUUAUGGUUCAUAUUGAUAAUCUUCAAUAUGGUGAAAUAUUGGCUGUUUUAUAAAAUAGUGUAAGUAAAUUCUUUGCAUUUCAUAUCAUUUGGAUUCCUUUGUGUGCACAGGUUAUAUCUUUAAAUUUUGGUUGCCAUUGGAAUAUUUGGGAAACAAUUUGGAUUAUGUCAAUUUCCAACUUACUAUUAGCUAAUUUUUUUCUUUUUUGGCUUUGGUUUUGGUUUAUUUUUAUUUUAUUUAUUUUUUGUCUAGCCUGUUAUAAAGGGCAAGUCCUAGCAAACUUUCCUUUCAGGGAACGUUCCAUGGUCAAUCACUUUUUCUCAAGUGGUAUAAAUAAAAGUUCAAGUAGUUAGUGGCAUCUAGUGGAAGAGAACAACUUUGUUUCCUGUUAGCUCUGAGAACAUUAGAGGGUGUUGUGGACAGGAACAGCCUGCAAAUAGGUAACUCCUUUUACGCACAGCCCUUAUUAAACAUACUUCCUCACCCAAGCACACACAUUCUCUAGUGAGAUAAGCAACACUUCCAGUUUACUUCAGAAGGAAAGUCAUUACUUAAAACCGUCAGUGGUUUACUUAGUACUUUCAGGAAAUUCAAAUAGGAGUCUUGGAUUUAAAAAGUUUCCUGCAGUCAAGAAUCUGGGAGGUGGGAUGGAAGUACAUAGGGAGAGGUUUUGUUUUGUACACUGCAGGUCUGGGUUCAUAUCUAAAUCCCAGAAGUGCAAAUAGAUAAAGAAAUACAAAACUAGGACCUACCUGAAAUUGUGAACAGCUAGCUAACAAGCAAGCUGCUCUGAUAAAUGACUGGUGGAUAUGUGAACCAGCUGGUGUGGUAGAAUGCACUGGAAUCUAGUUAGAACUCCUAGACUAUCUCUGCCAUGGUUUGUUUCAUGGGGCAAAUCACUUGCCCUUUUUGUGCCACUAUUUGUUUAUUUCUUACUUGAGAGAUUUGUACUAGAUGAUUUUCUUCCUAGUAACUUUCAGUUCUUAAAAAAAAAUUAAUAGCAUAAUAAAAGAAAAAUGAAAAUGAAACCUUAAUUGUCAUUUUCAGUCACAGCAGCAUAUUAAUGUAUGUUUGAAAGACUGGCAACAAUUGUAUUUUAAGGGAGCACCCUAUGGUAUUAAUGUUUAUUAAUGUACCCAUGAACUUCUAAGCACUGCAUCAUGCUUACAGAUUCCUUACUUUCAAGAAGCAUGUGUUAAGGCAUUGAAAUGGAUAUACAUAUAUCCAUUGUUUAAAUUGUUUUAGGCCGUUAUGUGGAAAGAUGUGUCAGUUGUAACUGGCUAACACUAAUGUAGAUAAAUAGAUUAUCUGGGAAAACAGGGAAGUACUUGAAGGAGAGUUGGACCUGUCCCAUAUAAAACUACUAAUUGUAGCAAAGUACAUAGGCAGGGAUUUACUUAAGAUAAUAAAGUGCUGAAGAACAAAAGUGGAAUUAAACUUUGGUGAUAGAUUGUGAAUAUCUAACAGGUGAAAUAACCAUAAUGUGGGAAUAAAAGUUAAGGGAAAGGUCCUUAAGAAGUAGUAGGAAAAUAUGCUAAGACUAUUAAAGGGAGAGAAUUUGUAAUAAAGGGAGACCAUGUACAAGAAAGCAAGCUGGGAAUCCUACCUAAGCCCCAGGCCCAACCAUUACUACUAAAGUGAGAAACUAACAAUUGUUCUACCUACCUCACAGGGGUGUUGUGAGGAUCCAAUGAACAGAUGAAUGUAAAAGCACUGUUAAACAUGUAGGCACUAAAAUGUAAUAGGAGUGGGGAUGGAGACCCUGUAGCACUUGAGUGCUGGUGUGUGCCAUGCCUGGGGGCCUGAUGACUGUAAGGGUUACUUGAGGAAGAGGAAAAAGUGGUAUUACUGGUAAAGUUUGUGAUGCAAUGGUAGGAUUCAUGCUGCCUCCUAAAGACCAUGAUAUGAAUGAGGUGCUAUGUAGACCAGCUUCCACCACGUUUGUUUUUCUGUUAAGUAAUUUAAUCCGAGUGUGGACAAAUAAAGUUUUUACUUGUGUGUA